AAAAAUGGGAAGUUGAGGCUGAAUUGAAGAAAGACAACCACCAAAGAAGGUGACAGAUUUCAAAAGGGGAAAAGAAGAAAAUGGAAAGUCAGCCUCAAAAAUCAACUACAAAAAUGCUCAAGACGGAGACAUCGACUAUACACAGCUCGAAGCAAGAGAUAGAGCAAGUUGAAGUAGAAGAAGGAGAUUGGGCAAGGUAAAGAGGACAAGUGAGCCACCAGGAUUUGUAAAUUGUAUGGUCACAGGAUUUGUCAACGGAAGAGCAGGACAGGCAGGAAUGAGAACAUCUUGACCUGUGAAUUAAGUGCUGAUUUUAAUUUGGUCCGAUAUUGGUACAGUUUA